CAACUCAACCAAUUAAUCAAUCUCACACACACACCCCACAUGAAGAAGCUUCCUUUCUUCCUUCUCAUUUUGCUACUUGUAAUAAAUUCUGUUUACUCCCAGGUACCUCCUCCAAUCUUGAAGUUUGUGCUUCAAUGGCCACCUACUUUCUGUAUGAUACUGAAUUCUGCACAAAAUCCAGGCAGGUGCAAAGAACCAAUCCCUCAGCAUGAAUUCCCACUCCAUGGCCUAUGGCCAGCAGAUGCAAGAGGAGAAAGCAUUACAUGCCCCCAGCCACCAGACCCAAAUUGGGAUCAACUGUUUCGACCGAUAGAGAAUCAACUUAUGGCAUUUUGGCCAACACUUAGAGAAGGCUCCAACAAAAGGGACAUAUGGAAGCAUGAGUGGCGCGUGCAUGGAGCGUGUGGAGGAACAACACCACAAGUAUACUUCAAUAGAGCAAUAAAGAUCAACAACAUGCUUGCAAAGGGCAACUUGUUCAAUUACUUGAAAACUAAUGGGAUUAUUGCAUGUGAUAGCUUGGCUUUUUCUAGAGAUGAUAUUGUUCAGGCUGUCCAAAAGGUGUUCAAUGGAAAGACUCUUUCUCCUUACCUCUCUUGUACACCAAUUGAUCCAAGAAACAAGACUCAUGUUUACUUGAAUGAGGUUACCUUGUGCACUAAUUCGGAUGGCAGUAGCUUCAUUUCAUGCCCUUCACAAGCUUCUUUAAGAGGUUGUCUUGCUGGAGCAAAGAUUAUGCUACCUCAUCCAAAAGCUCAACCGCCGGCUCCACGACUGCUGCGGGGAUUUCAGGAAGAAACAGAUGGGAUAUAUUCUAUGUUUAAACGAUCAUGGUCUAAAUAUAUAUUCAACGGCUGAGAUUAAAGUUUGGCUUAGAAUAAAUAACAAAAGAGAAUGGAAUAUGUUGUAGUGGAUGAUGUAUAAGCAUAACGCGCACUCAUAGAGUGAAAGUAAGUUACUACCUUGAAUAAAAGUUCUAUUCCAUUCUCUCUUU